ACCACAACAAUGUUCAAGAAACGCACCCGCCCAGCGUCCGUACGGGACAAAGCCGCCGAGCCCGAGCCGGAGGCCGAGGCGUCUGCUACCCCCAGCGAGGUGGGCCCGGACGAGGAUGAGAGCGCAAGCAUAGAGCAGAUGCUGCAGAUGCGCAAGUUUCGCCGCGCACAACAAGGCAUCGAGCUGGAAAAACUCAACCGCGGCGAGGGGAAGAAGAAGAAGAAGGGCCCGGUCGAGAUCGAGCUCGACCAGUUUGGCCUGCAGCCCUCUGCGGCGGGACUACGGAAGGAGAAGGAGGCCGAGCCGACGACCGAGUCGGAGCGCGCGGCGCACAAGGUCCGGAGCAACAACUUUACGCAGCAGACGAAUGCGUUAGACGUGGACAAGCACAUGAUGGCGUACAUCGACAAGGAGAUGGCCAAGCGGAAAGGCGAAGCCACCGACGAGGUGCAGGAAGAGGCUGCAGACCCGCGCGAGGCGCUGUACGGCCUCGCGGAGCGGUACCAGGUCGAGGGGCUCAAGGUCGACUCUGACGACGAUGGCAACGUGACCAACUCGAUCGGCAUGCUGUCCGCGAUCCCCGAGAUCGACCUGGGCAUGGAGAACCGGCUGCGGAACAUUGAGGAGACGGAGCGGGCGAAGCGCGAGCUCAUUGAGACGCGUAAGGCGGAGGCGAGUGCGCCGAGGGAGGACGACCCGUUGGCGGGGCAGAGGUUCUACCGCGGCCAGCAGCGCGAAACCGACAUCCACCGCGAAAUGGCCAAGGCGCGCCGCGAGGCCGCAGGACUCGACCCCGCGCCCCACCGCGAGCGGCACCACAAGCCCGAGAUGGCGACCGACGACGCGGUCUACGAGCGGUUCAAGAAGCGGAUGAAGCGGUAGCUGUGUGCAGCGGGGCGGGGCAUUGUUGUACUACAUUGAGAUGCAUGGCAUUGUGUGCG